GGUUUGAUGCAUGAGGAGAUAAGGAACAAAACAUAUAUAGAUAGAAGAGUAUUAAAACAUCCCCGCGUCUCAGCGACUCGAUCAGUACGAAAUCAUCCCUUCAACAGAAAACUUCAACAAAUUCAAUUUCUACGAAAUGGCGCCAUCUGGACCUGGAUAUGCUACUCCUUUGGAUGCAAUGAACAAAGGUCCAAAGGAAGAGUUGCUGUACGUAAUCUGCGUUCAACCGAAUGCGGAGAACAAGAAAGGAGACAUACUUUCCACGGUGGACGUCAACCCGAAAUCAUCGACUUACCAACAGAUCAUCCACCGAUUACCGAUGGGUAAAUCCAACGACGAAAUCCACCAUUCCGGCUGGAACUCUUGCUCCAGUUGCUACGGUUGCAAAGGCAUGGUCCGCGACAAACUGAUCCUCCCUUGCUUGGGUUCGGAUAGGAUCAUCAUAGUGGAAACCGGGAAGAAUCCAAGAGCCCCGAGCAUCCACAAGACGGUCGAAGCUGCGGAACUGCACGCCCUCAACUGCGCCACCCCGCACACCAUCCACUGCUUAGCCAGCGGUGAGAUUAUGAUCAACAGUUUGGGCGACACGCAAGGAAACGGUAAAUGUGAUUUCAUCCUGUUCGAUGGUAAAACUUUCAAACCGAAAGGUACCUGGACCAACGGAAGAUUGGCGAAGUUCGGGUACGAUUUCUGGUACCAGCCGCACUUCGACGUGAUGAUCUCAACGGAAUGGGGAGCUCCAAGAGUCUUCAAAACCGGAUUCUUACCAUCUCACGUCAUAGAUCCAAACGCGUACGGUACUUCUCUGAAUUUCUAUUGCUGGAGCAAGAGGGAACUCAUCCAGACCAUCGAUUUGGGACCCGAUGGUUGCGCUCCUCUCGAAGUGCGAUUCCUGCACAAUCCUAAAGAAUGUCAAGGCUACGUUGGUUGCGCCGUAAUGUCUAACGUCUACAGAUUUUACAAGAAAGAAGAUGGGACUUUCACUGCUGACAAGGUGAUUGAUGUUAAAGGAUAUAAAGUAGCUGGAGGAGGUUGGCCCAUGGAAUAUAUGCAAGGUUUCGUAAGCGAUAUAAUCCUUUCUUUGGAUGAUAAAUACCUUUACUUGAACAACUGGAUACAAGGAGACGUGCGCCAAUACGACAUCACAGAUCGCGCCCAUCCGAAAUUGAUUUCUCAAGUGUUCUUAGGUGGAAAACUGGUAAGCGACUCACCGAUAAAAGUAGUCGAAGAGGAAUUCACUCCUCCGAAUCCCGUGACCAUCAAGGGAAAACGUUUGAAGGGAGGACCGCAGAUGAUGCAGCUUUCACUCGACGGAAAAAGGUUGUACGUGAGCAACAGCUUAUUCUCCGUUUGGGAUAGACAGUUUUAUCCGGACGCUGUGGAAGACGGCGGAUGGAUCGCGAAGAUCGAUAUCGAUCAUAAGAACGGCGGAAUGAAACUGGACGAGAACUUCGUGAUCGAUUUCGGGAAGACACCGGACGGGGCUAUACUCGCCCACGAAAUGAGAUAUCCGGGCGGAGACUGUACUUCUGAUAUUUGGCUACCAAAAUAAGUACGGUUCAGCUCCGAAAUUACGAAAAACUAGUGAAAACACGUAACUUCGUAAUGGGGCACUGAAGCACUGAAGUAUUUACCAAAUAUCUCUAAUAGUAAACAAUUGUAAUGCACUAAAACCUAAUAAAUAUUUUACGA